CAGUUUAAAACAUUAAAAAAAAAAAAAAAAAAUCGAGACGAAACCUAAAACCCCAAAUCCUUCUUUCUUCUUCUUCAUCUUCCCCCUUUUUUGUUUUCAAACUUGAGUACUCUCUCUCUUUAUACUACUAGUGAGUUUUAGGGUUUCAUUAUUGAAUACUCCCUCAGUAGUUGUAGUGAACGAGAAGAUUAGUUGAAGAUUUCAAUCGUCACUGCAGAGAGUCAUGGCGGCCGAGAAACUUAGGGAUUUAAGUCAACCGAUUGAUGUUCCCGGACUGGAUGCUACAGUUGCUGCUUUUUAUGGAACGGGAUCUAAAGAAGAGAGAACAGCAGCAGAUCAAAUUUUGAGGGAGUUGCAGAACAACCCAGAUAUGUGGUUGCAAGUGGUUCACAUUCUACAGAACUCUCAGAACUUGAACACUAAGUUCUUUGCGUUGCAGGUUCUCGAAGGUGUGAUUAAGUAUAGGUGGAAUGCAUUGCCCGUUGAACAAAGGGAUGGAAUGAAAAAUUACAUAUCAGAAGUGAUUGUGCAGCUCUCAAGCAAUGAUGCUUCUUUUCGUCGGGAAAGGCUGUAUGUUAACAAACUCAAUAUUAUCUUAGUUCAGAUCUUGAAACAUGAGUGGCCAGCUAGGUGGCGAAGCUUUAUUCCGGAUCUUGUUUCAGCAGCGAAGACAAGUGAAACAAUAUGUGAGAAUUGCAUGGCUAUAUUAAAGCUUCUCAGUGAAGAGGUGUUUGACUUUUCACGUGGUGAAAUGACUCAGCAGAAGAUCAAAGAGCUAAAACAAUCAUUGAAUAGUGAGUUUCAACUUAUUCACGAGCUAUGCUUAUAUGUACUAUCUGCAUCUCAAAGAACUGAGCUUAUAAGGGCAACACUGGCUACGUUGCACGCUUUCCUUUCAUGGAUUCCUCUGGGCUACAUCUUUGAAUCCCCACUGCUAGAGACACUUCUGAAUUUCUUUCCUGUGGCGGCAUAUAGGAAUCUUACUCUCCAAUGUUUGUCAGAGGUUGCUGCCCUUCAGUUUGGAGACUUCUAUAACAUGCAGUAUGUGAAAAUGUACACUAUUUUCAUUGCACAAUUGCAGAAUAUUCUUCCGCCCGGAACAAACCUUCCUGAUGCGUAUGCACAGGGUUCUACUGAUGAGCAGGCAUUUAUUCAGAAUGUGGCAAUGUUUUUUACUGCAUUUUUCAAGUCUCAUAUUCGAGUACUUGAAGUCACCCCGGAGAAUAUAACUGCACUUCUAAUGGGUCUUGAAUAUCUGAUUGGAAUCUCAUAUGUAGAUGAUACUGAGGUUUUCAAGGUCUGUUUGGAUUAUUGGAACUCUUUAGUCUUGGAGCUGUUUGAGGCACAUAAUGCGUUGGAUAGCCCUGCUGCGACCGCAAAUGCUAUGGGUCUUCAGAUGCCAAUGCAUUCCGGCAUAGUUGAUGGUGUGGGAUCUCAAAUUGUACAGCGACGUCAACUCUUUGCAGCUCCUAUGUCUAAGUUGAGACUGCUUAUGAUCUGUCGUAUGGCCAAGCCUGAAGAGGUUUUGAUCGUUGAAGAUGAAAAUGGCAAUAUUGUGCGUGAAACCAUGAAGGACAACGAUGUCCUUGUUCAGUAUAAGAUAAUGAGGGAGACACUGAUAUACUUGUCGCACCUUGAUCAUGAGGAUACCGAACAUCAGAUGUUGAAAAAGCUGAGUAAACAGUUAAAUGGCGAGGAUUGGUCAUGGAAUAACUUAAACACAUUGUGCUGGGCAAUAGGGUCUAUAUCCGGGUCCAUGAUGGAAGAGCAGGAAAACAGGUUUCUUGUAAUGGUGAUUCGAGAUUUACUAAACUUAUGUGAAAUCACAAAAGGGAAAGACAACAAAGCUGUAAUUGCGAGUAACAUCAUGUAUGUUGUCGGACAGUACCCGAAGUUUUUGAGAGCUCACUGGAAAUUCUUGAAAACUGUUGUGAAUAAGCUGUUUGAAUUCAUGCAUGAAACACAUCCUGGAGUGCAGGAUAUGGCCUGUGAUACAUUCUUAAAGAUAGUCCAAAAGUGCAAGCGCAAAUUUGUCCUUGUACAGGUUGGGGAGAGUGAGCCUUUCGUAUCGGAGCUUCUAACAGGCCUUCCAACUACAAUUGUGGAUCUUGAGCCUCAUCAGAUUCAUACAUUUUAUGAAUCAGUUGGUACCAUGGUGCAAGCAGAGUCUGACCCCCAAAAAAGGGAUGAGUAUCUCCAGAGAUUGAUGGAAUUGCCAAAUCAGAAAUGGGCUGAAAUUAUUGGACAAGCACGCCAGAGCGUUGACUUUCUGGAGGAUCAAGAUGUGAUCCGGACUGUAUUGAACAUAUUGCAGACAAAUACAAGUGUUGCUACUGCACUAGGAACAUUUUUCUUACCACAAAUAUCUUUGAUCUUUUUGGACAUGCUGAAUGUGUACAGAAUGUACAGCGAGCUUAUUUCAAGUAGUAUCACAGAGGGUGGGCCCUUCGCGUCAAAAACUUCCUACGUAAAACUUUUGCGAUCAGUAAAAAGGGAGACUCUCAAGCUCAUUGAGACAUUUCUGGACAAGGCUGAAGAUCAACCCCAAAUUGGAAAGCAGUUUGUGCCGCCAAUGAUGGAUCCUGUUCUUGGUGAUUAUGCGAGAAAUUUGCCUGAUGCGAGGGAGUCCGAAGUUCUUUCACUAUUUGCAACAAUCAUAAACAAGUACAAAGGUGUGAUGACAGAGGAUGUUCCUCGCAUAUUCGAAGCUGUGUUUGAAUGUACCCUUGGGAUGAUUACAAAGAACUUUGAAGACUAUCCCGAACACCGUCUUAAAUUCUUUUCGUUACUGCGAGCGAUUGCUACACAUUGUUUCCCAGCUUUUAUUAUUUUGUCGAGCCAGCAAUUGAAGCUUGUCAUGGAUUCCAUUAUAUGGGCUUUCAGACACACAGAAAGAAAUAUUGCUGAAACUGGGCUCAACCUCCUGUUGGAGAUGCUGAAAAAUUUUCAGGUUUCCGAGUUUUGCAAUCAGUUCCACCGGACUUACUUCGUGACAAUCGAGCAAGAGAUUUUUGCUGUCUUAACUGAUACAUUUCAUAAACCUGGUUUCAAGCUACAUGUUCUAGUCCUGCAGCACUUAUUUUGCCUGGUGGACUCCGGCUCAUUAACAGAGCCUCUGUGGGAUGCGGCAUCUGUGCCUUACCCUAACAACACAGUGUUUGUUCGUGAAUACACUAUUAAGCUUCUGGGUUCAUCAUUUCCCAACAUGACUACUGCAGAGGUCACACAGUUUGUAAGUGGGCUGUUUGACUCAAGAAAUGACCCUGCCAGUUUCAAGAAUCAUAUCAGAGACUUCCUUGUGCAGUCCAAAGAAUUCUCAGCUCAGGAUAACAAGGAUCUUUAUGCUGAGGAGGCAGCUACUCAGAGAGAAAAGGAGCGCCAGAGGAUGCUUACAAUCCCAGGACUUAUUGCUCCCAGUGAGCUACAAGAUGAGAUGGUUGAUUCAUAGUGAAUUUGGAUCAAUCCCAAAUGGUUUGUUCAUUUUGCUAACUGUAGCCCUUCUCCUCGCUUUCACUCGAAAGAUUUUCUCAAGGGGAGCUUCAGAAUGACUGAUCACAGGCUUCUCUGCGGUGUCGUUCCAAAAUCACCCCUCUUGUUAUUUUUAUUUUUAUAUUUUGUUCAUUUCUCCCUGAUCUUGUUCUUUUAGAUUAGUGGUGGUGGUUAUGGUUGGGUAGGCUGAUUGUUUGGGGGGUGGGAGCGCCACCUCUAGGGAACAACAAGGGCUUUCUUUGGACUGCUGGUGAUACUUGCAGGAUGCCGGUGCUUGUUGGUUGAAGUAGGUAGGGGUAGCUCUUGGUUUGUUGGGUUUUGUUUUAUAGGGUUUAAAUAUUAUAUUCAAUGCUAAUGUAGAGAAAGAAAGUAUUAGUCAACAAUUUUCUGGCCACUUCCAGAGGUUUGUGUUUUUCUUGCUUGUUGCUUAUGAAGGGGCAUGUAUUGAUUAGUGAUGUUUUGAAGCAAUUCACUGUUUGAAAUGCCUCUUUAGAAUUGAUUGUUGGCCAGUGAAAUCGAUAUUAAGUUUGUAUACCAACUCUAAAAAGAUAUGUGCCUAUGUUUUUCUUUUAGUUUUA